AUGUUGCCUCGGCAAUCUGACCUAUUGUCUGUUUGUAUAAAGCCAUCAUCAUCUGCUGCCUCGUUGUCUUUAUUCCCCCGUUUCCUUGAUCUCUCAUUGCCUCGUUGCACUGACAUCGUUUUGACAACGAUGGUCUUGGAGCACCACCGGCUUCGAUACAAACCACCAAGGAGCUCACCCAAUUGCGACUCGACGACUUUUUCCAUGCACACAUUACCUCGCAGACCUUCCCCUGCUGCGAAGGAUGAUGUUGUUAAAGAUGAGAAACAAUUGGCGGUGGUGGGAACUAGUAAACCGAAGCUGCGCUUCGUACGUGUAGAGGAUUCUCUGUUCAAGGUCCCUGAAUCUUUCUUUCAGAACAUGCCACAAGAAAUUCAGGAUCACACAAAAUAUACCACUGGCGUAGGAAAGACACCAGAGAAACCAAUCUUACUGGUGGGACAUACGAAUCAUCAGUUCAGACAAUUUCUCGAGGCAUACAAUUCCUACCCUUCACUAAACCCUCGAUCCAUGGAUGUGGACACCAUCUUUACUAUUGGAGAACUUGCCUAUAUGUAUCAGCAACGCCAUCUCGCACUUUGGUUCAUGCCAAUUUUCAAGGACGUCGUGAUCUCGGCAGAAUCCCCACUGCACCACGCUUCGAAUAACAUUUUUGUUCGCGCAAUGAAACUCGGGAUCGCUUAUGGCAGCAGGGAGCUGUGUCAUCGCGUAUCUACAAGAUGGAUAGCGCGCAUGCACCGUCGCGAGCUGGAUCCGCUAUCGGCUUUGCUCUUUGCGGAUACGUACAACUUGCGCGAUUUACUGAGCCACGCGUACUAUAUCUAUCUGAUGCUAGUCUUCCGGCGCAUCCAGCAGUCCCACGACAUUGACCCGAGGGGACUGCUUACUCCUGGACAGAGAACACAUGUUAUGUCUGGCUAUCAUUCCUUAUCUGCCUAUUGGAACCAUCUGCGGCUCAACCCACCUGAAUUUGAAGCGGCUCCCUCUUGCACCUCGCACUUGCAAUGCCUUGGAGCUUGGAGGCUCCAGUGGAUAGCCGCUGCGGAGAAGGACUAUCCUCUCCCUGAGCUUGACAUUCUUGGGCGUUUGACGUACAUUGAAAAAUGUCUUCGAGAGGAAAUGGUUCUCGACGUUGUCCUCAAUCGUGUGUGUAAGGCAUCGGCCUUGAAGGCGGUGUCUGUGAAGAGAGAAAUGGUGGCGAGGCAGUUGCACCACCAUUUCGAUUUGUGA